AUGAGUUAUAAUUCUGCCUGCAUCAUCGGAGGAGGAGCCUGUGGACUUGCCACAUUAAGAGCAUUGAUAAAAGAAGGUGGGUUUGACCGUCUGGUGGGGUUCGAGCAGCGGGACUCGUUUGGUGGGAUAUGGAACCACAAUGAGCUCGCAGACCAAGUCCUGGAGAUCCCCUCAAUAGAUCCCUCCACUAUCGUCAAUCCGGUCACCACAAAGGACGGUUUUGUUUGGCCAAACGCAGUGUAUGACGACCUUCAAACCAACACGCCUUAUCCUCUGAUGGAGUUGAACGGACACAGCUUCCCCGAAGGGACACCACUUUUCCCUCACAGAACUGUGGUUCUCGAUUACAUAAGCAAGUAUGGGGAAGAUCUGAAAUCGUAUUACCGGUUUGAGACUCGGGUGGUGGAUGUCCAGAAAGGCUCGAAAUCGUGGAUUGUUCGUUCUCGUAAGGUCUGUGCUGAGACUGAAGGGGGUGUCAAGGAGUCGACAGAGUUCCCGGAUACAAUUGAAGAGUUCGAUGCCGUGUUGGUUGCAAUUGGAGUCUAUGAUCUUCCGUUCAUACCUGCACUUUCAGGGCUCAACGAAUGGAACAAAUUGAAGCCAAACACGAUCGUGCACUCGAAAACUUAUCGCCAUCCUCGUAAUAUUGCCCAUAUCGACGGAAAUAUCCUUGUGAUUGGUAAUUCUGCGUCCGGUAUAGAUAUUUGCUACCAAUAUGCAAGAUUUACCGGGAAAAACAUUUAUAAGAGUGCCAGAUCGCCGAGUAAGGUUCCGGGAGGUACUAGCGAGCUUGUGAUUGAUUUGCCUGAUAUCGACUUUUUGGACCCUGAAUCCGAGUCGGUUGUCUUUGUGGACGGGAGCCGUUUGGAGAAUGUGAAGCUUAUUAUCUUCGCAACAGGUUACUUGCGUUCGCUGCCGUUCUUCAAGCUUAUAAACGCCACUAACAAGCCUUUGAUUACAUCUGGGGCCCGCAUACACGGCCUCUACAAACAUUGUUGGAGUUAUGAGUACCCUGGGCUUGCAUUUAUUGCAAUUUCCCGGUACGUGCUUCCGUUCCAUGCCGCAGAAAUACAAGGCUCCUGGCUGGCCAAAAUUCUGCGGCAAAAAUUAUCGCUUCCGAGCUAUGAGCAGAUGCAAGAAGAAGAAAAACAAUUACUUAGACUACGGGGGGACACUCCGGCGUUCCACGACCUAACGUUCCCCGACGACGUUGAAUAUACAGGAGCACUUCUUCGGGAUAUCAAGUCAUGCAUAGGUUAUGAGAACGGUUUAGUGCCAAAAGAAUGGACGGAGCGCGAAUUGAGUCUCCGGAAAAACACUAAGCUUCUUAAGAAGGUAUGCCUAGACCACUUCGAGAAGACCGGUGAAAACCUGACAAUAGCAGACGUUGAAAAGUUGAGCAUUUUAUAA